UGCCGCUCUGGCCGGGCGGUGGCCCGGAGAAGCCUUCUUUUCCCCUUGUGGUCAUGGAAAAAUGAAAAGUAGUUCUGGAAACAGAAAGUUCUCCUGGCAUAUGCUAAGCAAGAAGGAAGCGGUCUGAGACAAGCUAGUGGAUCAGGAAGAAAAAACCCAGCCUAGGCUGGGAAAGCAAGGCUUUAAGUAGCAAUAAGAAGUGGGGAGCAGCUGAAGAAGCAGCACUGCAUGGUGGUUUUGCUUUUGGUGUAGGUGUGUUAAUUACCAGAAGAUCCGUCUGUCUAUGUGUGCCCACUCUUCCGUGGGAGAUGUCCAAUGUUUCCAAUUAUGCCCUUCGAAUGGCCCGGCUGAGUGCUCAGAUAUUUGGAGAAGUUGUCAGGCCAACUGACUCAAAAUCUAUGAAAGUAGUGAAGUUAUUCAGUGAGCAGCCUUUGGCCAAGAAGAAGGAGGUCUACAGCUGGUAUCCUCCUCACAACACCUACUACGCCCUCAUGAAGAAACUCCGUUACUUUGGUCUCUACAGGGAUGAGCAUCAGGACUUUAAGGAGGAGAUGAGGCGAUUGAAAAAGCUCCGUGGGAAGGAAAAACCAAAGAAGGGGGAAGGAAAGAGAGCUCUCAAGAAGAAAUAGUGCCACUUGGACAAUAUAAUGAACUACUCAGGAAAUGCUGGAGAACAGCUGUAACCCAGGCUUUCUGUUCCCAGCUGGAGAGGGCUUGGCAUGUGAGCUGCGUGUGGGGCACAAGAAACAUACUGUGAAAUACUGGAGUCCACCUUGGGAGUGCACUUGGGUCUUUGUGGUUUUACUGGUUUUGAAUUUCUGUAGUUUAAAUAUACUGUGUAUUGUAGCACGUUAGUUUGUCAGAGCCCUCUCUUACCCAAGUAGUAAAAACAAUAGUAAAAAAAUAAGUGCUUGGUGUUUUUCUUGCAAACGCCUGUAGCUGUUUCAGUUUUUCUGGAUCUGGAAAAUUGUUUACUUUUCACUGUUUGUUUUACUUUCUUGGAUUAAUAUCAACACUGUUUUGCAUGUGGCCACAACAAAAUAAGGUUUCCAGCUUCUA